UUAUACACCAUGGAACUAUUCUCAUUCCUGGUGAAAGUGAUAGUAUUAAUUUGGAUUGUGAAAACUUACUCAACUAUUGGCUUUCCACGUUGCUGUUGCUCUAGCGUCCAGAAUGACACAUCUUCCAGUUGGAACAGAUGGACUGAAAGUGGAACAGACCAUGAUAGUGUACUCGAAGAUGUUUCGCCUGCCAUUUGGGACCAUCGGAGCACAAGUAACCUGAGCGACGAUAGUGAGCUUGAUGAUGUUUCGCCUGCCAUUUGGAGUCGGCGGGGUGCAAAUAAGCUCAUAAAUGAUAGUGAAAUCAACGAUGAUUCGCCUUCUAGUUGGGACCGAUUUGGGGGUAGAAGAAAAUGGACAGUUACUGUAACUAUUUCGACACCUCCUCCAUACGCACCACCGCCACCAAUACGUCCAACAUAUCCUCCACCCUAUGGUCGCCCUACACAUCCAACAAACCCUCCUUUUCCUCCAAGACCUCCAACGCCGUAUCCUGGUGUUACUCCAAUAGUUGAUCCCCUUCCUCCUACAACACCGUAUCCGCCACCAUAUGGUCCCCCUACUCCAAUAAUUGAUCCGUUUCCUCCUACAACACCAUAUCCGCCAUUAACUGGUCCCCCUGUUCCCCCUCCUCCUACAACCCCCUUUCCACCAAUAUAUGGUCCACCUACUCCAAUAACUGAUCCGCUUUCUCCUACAACACCGUAUCCGUCAUUAACUGGUCCCCCUGUUCCUCCUCCUCCUACAACACCGUAUCCGCCAAUAUAUGGUCCACCAACUCCAAUAAUUGAUCCGCUUUCUCCUAAAACACCGUAUCCGCCACCAUAUGGUCCAAUACUUGAUCCGUUUGAUCAUACUCCACGUCCGGCAAACCCUUCUUCUCCAACAUAUAUUCACCAUGGACAUCCAAUAAUUGUUUACCCGCCUGUUUCGCCAAUUAUAAUAGCAGGACGUUUUAGACGUCCUGGAGCUAGUCCUACGCAAACUGGAGAAUCACAGGAUUCUCCUACCCCACCAUUUUUUCCUACGCCCCCAAGAAGUUGAAGUGAUAUCAAAAUAUGGACGAGAAACAGAGACUCACUAACAAGAGAGAUAAGAAGAAGAACGACUAAUUGGUUGAUAAUGAAUUAGUAACACUCUGUAGGAUAUUAACUAGUAGUGGGGAUAAAUACUUAGAAACGUAUCUAAAUCCACUUGAUGGUGUUAUUGUGUCUUUCUCUACGUGCAAACUAAGAUGACAACCUACAUUUUUGGUA